CUGCCGAUUUACUCAGUUAGUUCCUUAGUGUGUUUUGUAGAGUGUGCUGUGAUCAAAUCAGUAGUUUCACGCCAUAGGUCAUCGUAAUCGUCUUCCGAUCGACUAAAGAUGAUUUCCAAAGUGCUAGUCCUGUCCUGCCUGGUGGCGGCCGUAAUCUGCGAGUCAAAGCUGAAGGUCGACGUAAUCAGCGUACCGGAGGGAUGCACCAGCAAGAGCAAAAGCGGCGAUAUGCUGACGAUGCACUACACCGGCAAGCUCACCGAUGGAACCAAAUUCGAUUCAAGCUUUGACCGCGAUCAGCCUUUCACCUUCCAGUUGGGUGCCGGACAGGUCAUCAAGGGAUGGGACCAGGGAUUGACCGAUAUGUGCGUUGGAGAGAAGCGUAAGCUGACCAUCCCGCCAGAGUUGGGCUACGGAGAGCGUGGAGCCGGAAAUGUUAUCCCAGGAGGUGCCACCCUGGUGUUCGACGUCGAGCUGAUCAACAUCGGCGACACUGCACCGACGACGAAUGUGUUCAAGGAAAUCGACGACAACAAGGAUAUGCAGCUGAGCCGCGAGGAGGUCAGCGAAUACCUCAAGAAGCAGAUGGUCGCCGCCGACGGUGGGCAGGAAUCGGAGGACAUCAAGAACAUGAUCGCCGAGCACGACAAACUGGUGGAGGAAAUAUUCCAGCACGAGGACAAGGACAAGAACGGAUUCAUCUCGCACGACGAGUUCUCCGGUCCGAAGCACGACGAGCUGUAAAACUCCGUCACCCGCCAUUGCACUGCGGUAUUUAGUACAUAGUUUCCAAUCAACAAACAAACAACAACAACGUUCUUCCUCUAGGAUUGGGUCCGGAUUGUUUCUACAUGAUUUGGAGCUUGUUUUUACUUUAUUGUUUUGAACAAUUUUUAAUAGUCGUUAAUUGUUAAAACAGCGGCGACAAAUAAAUCAAAACGCUGUGCUUAACUUUUGUUUUCUGAUACAUGUUCACUAUCGUUGAAAUUAUAAACUAUUUUUUUUUAUUGAAAGUAAAAGAACAUUAUUUAUUUUUUUUUAAACAGUACCAUAUUCUUCGCGCAGAGUACUACUUGAUUACAAGUAGUAAGGUAAAGUUUGUUAUAGGUAAAAACUACACUUAGUAGAAGAAAAUAUUAAAUCGUAGUCAAAUCGAGGGUUUCCAUUUAUGUACAUACGUUGAAUUUUAUCGAUCGAAAAGAAAUAAUAAACACUGUGUCGUUUUUCGGUUUUGAUUCCAUCUGAGAUAGGGUAUUGAAAAUAUACUUGUAGUAGUCAAAGUAAAACUUAAAAUAAAUUCCACAUGUGAGGUUAGAUAUUGUGUAACACGGUUCAAAAUUGAAGCGGAACGUACUUGUUUGGAUCCCGAUAGAGAGCAGCACGAACAUACACACAAAUCAACACACAAACACGUAAGGCAAACAUAUCACAAAAAAAGAAAAUGGAAAAUAAAGACUUUUUUGUAUGGAAAAUUA